CAGGUUGAAGACAGGUUGAACAAAAUUUGGCUUCCAAGAUCAAAGAGGAGGAGUUGAAGACUGAUUUUAGAAGCUUCAACAAGUGUUGCAGCAUCAUUUCCAUACAUUUUCAAGCUUCCAUUGGCAGCAAGAGGAACUAGAAUGGCAUCUACAUCUUCCUCCAUUGGCAAUGAACAAGUAAUUGCAAAACAAAGAAAUGAUCCAAAUUCUCCCUUAUGGAAAUAUGUGGACAUUAUAAAACAACUUCCGGGAGGUGGGGGAUUCCGUUGGAAAUGCCAUGGAUGUGAUAUUGAACGUAAUAGUUCAUAUUAUCGAGUGGUAGGCCAUUUGUGUGGAAUAAAAGGAAGAGGCAUCAAAAAAUGCCCUGGCAAAAAUGGUAAACCUAUACCAGAUGAGAUAGUGAUGAAAUAUAUUAGGGAGCAUGAGGCGGUAGAAGAGAGGGAAGCCCGUAGAUUGAACCAAACCGCAUCAAAGAAAACAAGGGGAAUGCAAGGCCCUUCUAAUCCCAGUAUUGUAGUAGAAGACCACCCCUUCUUUGCCACAAAUGAACCUCAAAGUGAACCACCCUUGACACGUAAAAGAACAAAAGGGCCUUUAGAAACCGCAUUCCAAAAUGAGAGUAGAGACAAUGCUGAUCAAGAUAUAGUAAGGUGCAUUUAUGCAAAUGGUUUGUCAUUCAAUGUUGUUCGCUCCCCAUAUUGGAAGCAAAUGAUAAAAAGUGUUAAUGAGGCACCAAGAGGGUAUAAGGGCCCCGGUUAUGAGAAGGUACGUGGAACAUUAUUGGAGAAAGAGGUGAAGAGGGUUGAAGAUGCAUUGAAACCCAUAAGGGAUUCGUGGGUUGAGACAGGUGUAACAAUUGUUUCAGAUGGGUGGAAAGAUGCUAAAAACCGUCCCUUGAUCAAUGUCAUAGCGGUGUCCCCUAAAGGGGCAAUGUUUUUGAGAGCUGUGGAUUGUGAGGGCCAAAUAAAAGAUGGCGAAUUUAUUGCAGAAAUUCUCAUCUCUGCCAUUGAGUCUGUGGGACCCCGCAAUGUUGUCCAAGUCAUAACGGACAAUGCAAAAAAUUGUAGAGCUGCUGGUUUGUUGGUUGAGCAACGCUAUGAUCACAUCUUUUGGACACCUUGUGCGGUACAUUCACUCAAUCUUAUGCUACAAAGGAUUGGGCAAAAAAUAAAAUGGAUCAGAGAUGUGUAUGCAGAGGCUGAGGACAUCCAGAUGUUCAUCACAAACCACCACAUGUCUCAAGGGAUUUUUAGAACCUAUUCGAAUUUGGAGCUAUUGAAGGUAAGUGAAAUAGUAAUUUAAUUUUACAUUUUCUGAUUUUUUUGAAUUUUCAAUGUUAAUAAUAUCAUUGUGUAAGCUAUAUUGUGUAUUCUUCUUUAAAGUUUGGCUUUAUUUUUUAAUAAUUUGGCAUUAAUUUGUGUUAUAGGUUGCUGAGACCCGUUUUGCAUCAAACACAAUCGUCUUAAGACGACUUGUGAAAGUUAGAGUGGCACUAUGCAAUAUGGUGAUCAGCACCAAUUGGACUGUAUGGAAGCAAAGUAGCACUGAGAGGGCAGGAAAAAUUAGGGAUAGAAUAUUGGAUGAGAAAUGGUGGGAUCUUGUUACAUAUCUCCUAAGUAUCACUGAGCCCAUCAUGAGCAUGAUUCGCUAUACAGACAUGGAUAGGCCUUGCAUAGGUGAGAUUUAUGAUGGCAUUGAUUCAAUGCUUGAAAAAAUAAAGUUCACUAUAAAUGAAAAAGAGAAUGAUCCUCAGGAGAAAUUCUUCAAAGAACUGGAAUUAAUUAUUGUAGAGAGGUGGAAUAAGAUGACCACUCCUUUGCACCUUCUUGCC